GUAGCUGCUGUAGAACAUCUAGGAGAUACAUAUUGAGCAGCAUUUGGCUGCGGGGACAGAUGGCAGAUACAGCAGCUGGGAGACCACCACCACCACAUCUCCCAGCCAGGGCGGACUGAGGCCAUAUCCUCAGCAUCAGCAGAGGAGAGACACCCGGGGCCAGAGGUCUAACUGCCCGCAGCACCCACCUGAGAAGGGACAGAGACCUCCAGCACCCAUCUAGGAGGGGAAAGAUCCCCCCCAAUAACCCAGCCAGGAGGGCAGAGCCCCCCCAACAGCCACCCAGGAGGGGAGAGCCCCCCAGCAGCCACCCAGGAGGGCAGAGACCCCCAGCAGCCACCCAGGAGGGGAGUGACCCCCUGCACCCACCCUGACACCUGCACUCUCCCAGGACUGCCCCUGUGUGAUGAGCGGUCCCCGCUGCAUGCCCUCUGCUGCCCCCUACCCCGUGUCCCCGGCCGGAGCUGUGAUGCUGCAGGCAGCAGACCCGUGUGGAGCCUCCUGAGCGGGAAUGGGGCCCCCAGCCGGUGCCAGGCUGUACCCCAGGUAGUGUGACCCCGGCUGCACCAUGUCGCUGGCUUUCUGCGGCAGCGACAACAAUUCCUCCGCUUACAACGUGGACAAUGGAGUCCUGAACAACGGCUGCUUCGUGGAUGCUCUGAACGUGGUUCCCCAUGUGUUCCUGCUCUUCAUCACCUUCCCCAUCCUCUUCAUCGGAUGGGGCAGCCAGAGCUCCAAGGUCCACAUUCAUCACAGCACCUGGCUGCACUUCCCAGGGCACAACCUGCGCUGGAUCCUGACGUUCAUCCUCCUCUUUGUCCUGGUGUGUGAGAUCGCAGAGGGCAUUGUGUCCGAUGGGUUUUCCGCAUCCCGUCACUUGCACCUGUAUAUGCCGGCGGUAAUGGCGUUCCUAGCCGGGAUCACAUCCAUCGUCUACUAUCAUAACAUCGAGACGUCCAACUUUCCAAAGCUGUUAAUUGCUCUGCUUGUUUAUUGGAUUUUAGCUUUCGUCACCAAAACAAUCAAGUUUGUCAAGUUUUGCGACAACGGCAUCUGGUUUCUGCAACUGCGAUUCUGCCUCACCGGGCUCUUAGCCAUAUUCUACGGCAUGUUACUGGCUGUAGAAAUCAAUGUCAUCAGGGUGCGAAGAUAUGUUUUCUACAAAUGUGCCAGAGAAGUGAAACCCCCGGAGGAUCUGCAAGAUUUGGGGGUCCGGUUCCUGCAGCCGUUCGUCAAUCUUCUGUCCAAAGGAACCUACUGGUGGAUGAAUGCCUUCAUCAAGACGGCUCACAAGAAGCCCAUUGACCUAAAAGCAAUAGGAAAAUUGCCCAUAGCCAUGAGGGCAGUGACUAACUACAUUCGCCUUAACGAGGCCUUUGAAGCACAAAAGAGUAAGUCUUCCCCGUGCCCUACUGGAUCAAGGUCUAUCUGGUUCGCUCUGUGCCACGCGUUCGGGAGACCCCUCAUCCUCAGCAGCGUCUUCCGGAUUCUGGCCGAUAUUCUGGGAUUUGCUGGUCCUCUCUGUGUGUCUGGUAUUGUCCGUUAUCUUGGCAAGAAAAAUGAGACGGUCCACCCACGGGCUGUAUUUUUUGGUGUUCCGUUCAUUUCAUCACAAGAGUUCUUGGCCAACGCCUAUGUCCUCGCUGUUCUCCUCUUCUUCGCCCUCCUGCUGCAACGGUCAUUUCUCCAGGCUUCAUAUUAUGUCGCCAUCGAAACUGGAAUUAAUCUGCGUGGAGCAAUACAGACCAAGAUCUACAAAAAGAUUAUGAAUCUGUCUACGUCAAACAUGUCUAUGGGGGAAAUGACGUCCGGGCAGAUCUGCAACUUGGUGGCAAUAGACACAAACCAGCUGAUGUGGUUCUUCUUCCUGUGCCCGAAUCUCUGGGCUAUGCCCGUCCAGAUAAUUGUGGGGGUCAUUCUCCUGUACUAUAUUCUGGGAAUAAGUGCCUUUAUCGGAGCCGCAGUCAUUAUUGUACUGGCCCCCAUACAGUAUUUCGUAGCCACAAAGCUCUCACAAGCCCAGCGGAGUACACUGGAAUAUUCCAAUGAGCGCCUGAAGAAGACCAAUGAGAUGCUCCGGGGAAUAAAACUGUUGAAGCUCUAUUCCUGGGAGCACAUAUUCCACAGCAGCGUGGAGGAGACGCGCCAGAAGGAGAUGACCAGCUUAAAGGCGUUCGCUUUAUACACUUCCAUAUCAAUAUUUAUGAAUGCAGCCAUCCCCAUUGCAGCUGUGCUUAUAACGUUUGUGGUCCACGUUCACCUUCUGAAGCGCAGCGACUUCUCUCCUGACGUGGCCUUCGCUUCACUUUCACUUUUCCACAUCCUUGUGACCCCGUUAUUCCUGCUGUCCAGCGUGGUCAGAUCCACGGUGAAGGCUCUGGUCAGCGUUCAGAAACUCAGUGAGUUUUUCUCAAGUGAAGAAAUUGGGGAUGAGCCUGAUAGGUGUUUGCUGUCCCAUAAGGCAGGAACGCAGAACAAAUAUCAGGCCGUGCCCCUCAAAGUGGUAAAUCGUAAGAGGCCGAUAAGAGAGGACUGGAGCACUUUCUCCUGCCCGCAGAGGAGAUCGGAUAACAACACGGAAGGGAAUGAAUUUUCUAUAAAGAUUACAAACGGGUGUUUUACGUGGACUCCAGAUGGAUCUUUGGCCUUGUCAAACAUCAAUAUUAGGAUCCCUCCAGGUCAGCUGACAAUGAUCGUGGGGCAGGUGGGCUGUGGGAAGUCCUCUCUCUUGUUGGCCACCCUUGGUGAAAUGCAUAGGAUUUCUGGUGAUGUGUGGUGGAACAGCAGUGACCCUGACAGCGACGUAGGGGAAGACAACAGCCCGGAGAGGGAGACACCCGCAGACGUGGAGAUCAGGCGGAGGGGUGCAGUGGCGUACGCCUCCCAGAAGCCCUGGCUCCUGAAUGCAACGGUGGAAGAGAACAUCACAUUUGAGAGCCCCUUCGUUAAGCAGAAAUACAAAACUAUAAUCGAUGCCUGUUCUCUGCAACCGGACAUCGACAUCCUGCCACAUGGGGAUCAGACUCAGAUUGGAGAGAGGGGUAUUAACCUGUCAGGAGGUCAGCGCCAGCGUAUCAGCGUGGCGAGAGCAUUGUACCAGCAAACAAGCGUCGUUUUCCUGGACGACCCAUUCUCCGCUCUAGAUAUUCACCUGAGUGACCACCUCAUGCAAGAAGGGAUCCUGAAGAUGCUGAGAGACAACAAGAGAACCACUGUUCUAGUCACACACAAGCUGCAGUACCUCCCUCACGCUGACUGGAUCAUUGCAAUGAAGGACGGGACUAUCCAGAGGGAAGGGACUCUGAAGGACAUCCAGAACUCUGACCCGGAGCUGUAUGAACACUGGAAGACACUGAUGAAUCGCCAGGACCAGGAGCUGGAGAAGGAGAUCAUAGAGAGGAAGACCCCGGUGGAGAGGAAGAGCAGAAAGAGACCUGUGUUCUCCAGAGAGACGUUAUUGGGAGAUGAUGAAGAUGAUGAAGAAGAGAUAUCGGAGAGCGAUGAUGAUGAUGACAACCUCUCCUCCGUCUUACACCAGAGGGCGAAGAUGCCGUGGAGAGCCUGCGGCAAGUACCUGAGUUCUACGGGAUUCCUCCUCCUCCCUGUCCUUGUUCUCUCCCAGCUCCUCAAACACCUGCUGAUGGUGGCCAUCGAUUUCUGGCUGGCAAAGUGGACCUCAGACACUAUCUCCAAUACAUCAUCGGCCGCCUGCGGGGAUCAGAGCUGUCACUUUGACCACUCUCCGUACUCCAUGGUGUUCAGCAUCCUGUCCUGCCUGGCGAUCAUCAUGUGUCUCGCCACCUCCAUCGCUGUGGAAUGGACGGGAUUGCGCGUCGCCAAAAAACUGCACAACAGCUUGCUGAAUGCAGUCAUCCUGGCGCCAAUGAGGUUUUUUGAAACGACGCCUCUGGGGAGUAUUUUAAACAGAUUCUCUGCUGAUUUUAACACAAUAGAUCAGCACAUCCCUGCUACUCUGGAGUGCUUGAGCCGCUCAACUCUGCUGUGUGUAUCCGCGCUGGCAGUAAUCUCGUACGUCACCCCGAUCUUUGUCAUCUCAUUGGUCCCUCUGGUGAUCACCUGUUACUUUAUUCAGAAGUAUUUCAGAGUGGCAUCCAGAGAUCUGCAGCAGCUGGAGGACAGUACACAGCUCCCCCUGCUGGCACACUUCUCAGAGACCGUGGAGGGACUGACAACCAUACGAGCUUUUAGGUAUGAGGCCAGAUUCCGACACAAGCUUUUGGCGCAUACAGACUCCAACAACAUUGCGUCUCUGUUCCUGACGGCGGCCAAUCGCUGGCUAGAAGUGCGGAUGGAAUAUAUUGGCGCCUGUGUUGUCCUAGUAGCGGCCGUCGCCUCCAUCAUCAACUAUUUCCAAUACAACCUCACCGCUGGGCUGGUCGGGCUGGAACUUACUUAUGCUCUGAUGGUCUCUAACUAUCUGAACUGGAUGGUGCGCAAUCUCUCAGACAUGGAGAUCCAGCUUGGGGCCGUGAAGAGGAUUAACAGCCUCCUGAAGACAGAACCAGAAAAUUACAAGGGGCUGCUGUCGCCAACCCAGAUCCCGCAAAACUGGCCGGAGAACGGUGAUAUCCAAAUCCAGAACCUAAGUGUCCGCUAUGACAGCUCCCUGAAGCCGGUCCUCAAACACGUCAAUGCUCAUAUUACUCCCGGACAAAAGAUCGGGAUUUGCGGGAGAACCGGCAGCGGCAAAUCCUCCUUCUCGCUGGCGUUUUUCCGGAUGGUGGACACUUUCCAAGGUCGGAUUAUAAUUGAUGGAAUUGAUAUCGCUAAACUGCCGCUGCAGACGCUGAGAUCGCGACUGUCAAUCAUUCUGCAAGACCCCAUAUUGUUCAGUGGCAGCAUAAGAUUUAAUUUGGACCCCGAGGACAAGUGCACGGACUGUGUGCUGUGGGAGGCGCUGGAAAUCGCUCAGCUGAAACACGUGGUGAAGGCGUUACCGGGGGGACUGGAUGCAGCGGUCACGGAAGGUGGAGAGAAUUUCAGCGUGGGCCAGAGGCAGCUGUUCUGCCUGGCGCGGGCCUUUGUGCGGAAAAGCAGCAUUUUAAUCAUGGAUGAGGCCACAGCGUCUAUAGAUAUGGCUACGGAGAACAUCUUACAGAAGGUGGUGAUGACAGCGUUUGAUGAGCGCACUGUGGUCACUAUAGCGCACCGGGUACACACCAUCCUGAACGCAGACAUGGUCAUUGUGAUGAAGAGAGGAGCCAUUAUGGAGUACGACAAGCCGGAGCUUCUCCUGGAGCGAGAUGACAGCAUGUUUGCCUCUUAUGUGCAAGCCGAUAAAUAGUGAGACGCGGAAACCUGCCAGAAGUGCAAUUCACCAAUCAACUAGUUUUUUAAUUGUGUAAAUAACGUGUAAAUAAAAAAAAAAGAAUCUUAAUUGUUUCAUAAUAAAGAGCUUUUCCUGAUUUUUCAGUUAUACACAGA